CAGGACUCCAAGAUGGCGUCAGUUGUACCCUUGAAGGAGAAGAAGCUCUUGGAUGUGAAACUAGGAGAGCUGCCCAGCUGGAUACUGACGCGGGAUUUCACCCCUAAGAGCAUUGCUGGCGCAUUUCAAAGAGGUUACUACCGGUAUUACAACAAGUAUGUCAAUGUGAAGAAAGGGGGCGUCGCUGGGAUUUCUAUGGUGCUGGCAGCUUAUGUGGUCUUCAACUACUUUCGUUGUUUUAAGGAACUCAAACAGAGCGGCUCCCGCAAGUACCACUGCAGAGGGCCCAGUGUGGAGGCACACGCGCGGCAUUCCUGACCGUGACCUUUGCUUGGCACCCUUGAAUCCUUUCAUAUCCUAAUUCAGAAUUAACGUCCAA